AUGGCUGAAAAUGAAUUGGCUUUGAUCAACAAAGUGGAACUUAGAAUAGCGUUAGCGGCAGAUGAUAAGCAACUCGAAAAAUCAUUGCACCUCUAUUUGGCGCCAAUUAUUAAUAAGUUGAGUAGUCCGCAUGCCAGUGUAAGAAAUGCUGUACUCAAAGUGCUUGAAAAUUUGUCCCCCAGAAUAGCUGCAGCUAGAGAGAUCAAACUACCUGUUGAGGCUUUGCUUAAUCAGGUGAAAGAUCCUAAGGCAAUUGAUGAUUCUAGUGUUUCGACAAUGAAAAUAUACUCUUUGAUAUUUAUGGCUCGAGGAAUUGAAAGGAUGUCUGACGAUGAAAAGAUUACACUAAUACCCGAAAUUAUUGAACACAUCAGCAAUUACCCUUCCAAGAUCUCAGCACGAAUGUUUGGUAUCUUAUGCAACUUACUCAAGUAUUGGAAAGAUUCCGAUCGUGGGGCUCAAGAUUGUCGUGACUUUCUUCGCUUCGAUCUGAACGUUGAUGAUGAGGCAUUUUUAUCGAAUUGUAUAGCAAAAUUUUUGUUGUUGCAAUCAACGGUCUUUAAUAGUGAGGGUGCUCAACCUGGUUUGAGUGCUGACGACGUCGCUUUCUACACGAAAGAUUCGGGAGUGACAUUUGCUUCAUUUCAAGAUAUUACCCAUAUAAAGCUUAGAUUGUUCGCCUUCUUGAAGACUGCUUUUAAGGAUGAGUUUUCUGUACUCCCAAUAUUAAUAGCAUCUACAGAUGGCUCUUCAACGUUGAAGGAUUCAAGUGAAAUUUGGUUUCGAAAAUUGAAAUUGGAUUUGGAAGAUCCUAAGUUGAUAUCAAGGCUUAUUGAUUUAUAUGUUGGCGUAAAUGGAAUACCACCUGUAAAAUCUACUUUACAGGAAAAAAUAUUGAUAUUUUUGUGUAAAAGUAAGCUAGCAACAAGAAAUCCAAUGUUGUCACAAAUCACUGACAUAGGAUUGUCAUCAGAUUAUUCCAAGCUAAGGCAAACGAGUGUUCACUUCAUUAAAUGGGUUAAUCAAAACAACAAUAAUAAUAAUUUUGGGGAUGUAUCCAAGAAAAUGCUUGAUAAAUUUAAUAGAGAUGUGAUUAUGAGGUUAAAGGAAUCUAUCAUGAGUGAAGGUUGGCCGCGUAUGGACAGAUCUAUAAUGAACCGACAAAAUCUUGCGAGCCAAAGGCAACUAAAGUAUGAAGCAAUUGGAAAUGUUCUUAGGUCCAACCCCGAUUUGUUUGUUGAUGACUUUUCCUAUUUGCAGUUUUUGUUUGAUGCUCUUGAGUCUGAAGAAUCAGAUUUUAAGGGGACCAUACAAGAUGUUUUGUCAAGCUUAGUUGCACACUUGCCAAAAAUGACUAAGAAUUCAAAAAGUUUGUUGAAAGUUUUAGGAAGAAAUUAUUUGAGCGGUAAUAGGGAGGAAAUGAAUCAUAACAUACAGUCUUGCAGAUACGUUAUUUUGAAGUAUAUAAAUGCUGCUUUUCCUUUUCAUGACCCUGAGGCUAGAUACUUAUGUAUUUUAGGAACGUUUAAUGGCAAUACUUCAGAUACGAUUGAGGAAGCGAAACGAGGUUUACACCCAUAUUGGUUUAAUAUUUUUCAAUCAUCAAAUUCACUUGACUUUAAGCCAACUUCAGACUUGUUGGGCCAAAACUCUUCUGUCAAAUUUCCACAAUUUAAGGAGAUUGUGAGAAUCUUAUAUGAUCAGCUCAUUGCAAUUCAAAGCAAGGAUGAAACAAUAUUGAAAGUUUUGGGAGAAGCAAUAAACUUUACUUUGCAAACGCUAGUAAUGCAUGCAGUAUCAAAGAAGAAAACAGUGAUUGUUUCCGACAUGGAUUGGUCGAUAAGAUUAGAAAGAGCGAUAGAAGUUGAUGAUGCCGUAAGGGAGUUAUUAGUCGAUGAAAUAAAACUUGUGUUUAGUGAGGGUAUCUCAGCUGAUGAAAUGAAUAAAAAUUGUUAUAUUACGUAUUUAUUGAUAAUCUUGGAUGCAUUAGUUGGACAAUACGAUAACAGUAAGGGAAUUGCACUUAACAUUACUUAUGGAUCUAUUUUCUUACGCUUAAUUUCGCUUUCUCCAUCUGCAGCUGUUGGUAAUCUAUGCUCAAAAUUGGAUAACCUUCUCGCUUGCCUAUCUGAGAAGAUCUCUAAUGACUUAUCUUUAUCUCAAAUCAGUCAAGCCAUUGGGAUAAUAGGUAGUCAUCCUGAUAAUCCAGACGACGAAGUGCGUAGGGUUUUAGAUAGUUUACUUGUUGAGAGAUCACGAUCAAGCACAUUAAAGCAUUCAUUCCUACCUGCAGCUUACUUGAUUUCGAGAUUGGCAUUUAGAGGACGGCACAGAAUCUUGGAGCAAAAGCACCUUGAACAAUAUUGCGGGAGACUAUUACAGUGUCUUUCGGAUAAUAGCACUUUUGUAUUAGCAUUGGAAUGCGUGUCUGAAUUAUCCAUAUUUGGCGUCCUAGGACCUCGAAUUGACCCUAGUUUUAAUGAAUUUGUUUGCCAAUUUGCUGACUCCAUUUCUACAAAAGUUAAAAAAUGCGACGAAAGGUCCGUUUUGACCUUGUCAUAUCUCACUUUAGCUUUAACGAAUGAGAAUAAAGAAGCUAAAUUCGAAAAGUAUUUGAAAUUGAUAUAUGAUACACAUGUUUCGAAGCAAGUUGAAUUCACUUUUUCCAGCGGUGAGGCCCUUCUGGUAAUCGCUGCCGGGUGGGACUCCACGUUUAUGAAACGGAAAAUUGAUAUUCUUUACGAAAAUAACGAACUUAUUCCUAAGGAUACUUCAAAACUCUCUACCGUGCUAGAUAUGGUUUUAGAAUCUUGCAGAAAUACGAAACCUUCUUUGAGGAAAGCAGCUUGUAUCUGGUUGUUAUCCUUAGUCCAGUACUGUGGACAUUUGGAACCUGUAAAGAAGGUGGCGCCCCAAAUUCAUGUGACUUUCAUGAAGUUUUUGGCACACAGCGAUGAUCUUGUCCAGGAAUCUGCAUCGAGGGGCCUCAGUCUUGUAUAUGAAAUGGGAGAUAGUGACUUGAAAGAUACAUUGGUGCAUAGUUUGUUGACCUCCUUCACAAACUCAAACACUCUGAAUUCAUUGUUAGCAGGCUCUGUUGAUCGUGAUACUGAAUUAUUUGAGCCUGAUCUACUCAAGACAAAUGAUGGAUCCGUUUCGACGUAUAAGGAUGUGUUAAAUUUGGCUUCGGACGUUGGUGAUCCCAGCUUGGUUUAUAAAUUUAUGUCAUUGGCAAAGUCUUCUGCAUUAUGGUCAUCAAGAAAAGGAAUGGCAUUUGGGUUAGGGACAAUUUUGUCUAAAACUUCCUUGGACGAUCUCUUAGCUUCUAAGAAACAUCUUUCGGAACGAUUAAUCCCUAGGCUAUACCGCUACAGGUUUGAUCCUAAUACUUCAGUUUCACAGUCAAUGAACGACAUUUGGAAUUCGAUUAUUAAAGAUACGUCAAAAACUGUUAAUGAUAACUUUUUGAUAAUCUUGAAUGAAUUACUUCGUGGCAUAGGAAAUAGAGAAUGGAGAGUUCGUCAAGCUAGUACCUCAGCUCUUGCAGAUUUAUUGCAAAUUGUCUCACUUGAGGAUCAAGAAUUUGACUUGCAACAUAUUUGGAAUAUGUGCUUUAGAGCUAUGGAUGAUAUCAAGGAGAGUGUCAGAAAAGAGGGCAAUAAACUUGCCAAAGUUUUGGCUACAAAUUUCAUUAGAAUAGUUGAUGUUAAAGACGGCAAACAAUCUUCCAAAGAAAAAUCAAUAAAUUUGUUGAAAACUCUACUCCCUUUUCUUUUAGGUACAAAUGGUUUGCAAAGCGACUCAGAAGAUGUUCGGAGUUUUGCGUUGGAUACGAUUUUGAAAUUAUGUAAAGUUAACAACCAAGUAGUGAAACCUGUUGUCCCUGAAUUGCUUGAAAAUUUCAUUAGCUUGAUGUCAAGCUUAGAACCCGAGAUUGUCAAUUAUUUAGUUUUGAAUGCGGAUAAAUACAAAAUGAAGGAGAAUGAUAUUGAUGCUAAGAGACUACAAAGUCUUGGUGCAUCACCAUUGAUGGACGCGAUUGACAAGUUAUUAGAUUUAGUAGACGAGACAAACAUCGCAGCAUUGAUGUCAAGCUUACAAGCUGCGAUUAAAAAGUCGGUAGGGUUGCCUUCCAAGGCUUGUGGGUCAAGGGUCAUAGUGAGCUUGGUUUCCAAGCGUCCAACCUUAAUUACGCCUUAUGGUGAUAUGCUAUUGAAAUUAUGUGUUCUGCAAUUAAAAGAUCGAAACGAAACAAUUUCCUCUUCGUAUGGACUGGCGAUUGGAUUCGUAUGUCGAUUGGCGUCCUUAAAAUCGAUAUCAGAGCUAUCAUCGAAGAUUGAUGAUUUUUAUUUCAAGAGUGAGGAUGCAAGAGGAAGAGAAAUAUCAGCGCUUGUAAGCGAAAGUAUUUCAAAACACAGCGGUGAAAGGUUCGCCUCUGUAGCUUCCAGCUUCUUACCACUUUCAUUCAUUGGAAAAAAUGACAGUAAUAUGUUAGUGAAAUCAUGCUUUGAAAGGGAAUGGAAUGAAAAUACGAGUGGAAGUGAUAGCUCUGUGAGGCUAUAUUUGAACGAGAUCAUUGUGUUUUACGAAAAGUACUUGUCUUCGAAUAAGUUUGACAUAAGGCAAACUUUAGGAAAGUCUAUUUCAAACUUAUGUGAUCUGAUUACGGAUUUUGAUCUAAUUUCUGAAAGUAAUGCGAAAGAAUUAAUGGAGUUAUUGAUUGUAUCAUGUAAGGGUAAAUCUUGGGUAGGGAAAGAGCUAAUUUUGGAGUCUCUAGUUUCAUUCUCUAAGAAGUCAAAGAGGUUGUUAAGAAACAAUAUGGGGCUUUUGGAGAAGAUAAAUAAUACCGUCGUUAUAGAAGCUAACAGAAAAAACAAGAGGUACCAAAAAAGAGCAGCAAAAAUAUUGGGAAACUUCAUUAAUACGUAUUCCAUUCCUGACCUGAUUGAUGCCUAUGUCAAAAUUAUGGAUCACUUGGUUAGUGAUCAAUAUUUAGACGAUGACUCGGAUGAUGAUGAUAUGGUUAUUGAUUCUCACUACGACUUAAAUCCUAAGCUGUUAGUAAGACUAGAAGAAGAAAGAUUGGAUUACCUUAAUAAUAUGGUGGAAAGCUUUCCAGUUUACGAAAAGGAAGGUGCAAAAGUUUAUAGUGGAGGUCUAUUGGCAUUGAUAUUACACAAGACUUUGGAAAUCUUUAAUUCAUCAAGAAUAGAAGUAACAUGGAGAUCGAAAAUAACUGUCUGUGAUGAUUUAGUUCAGCUCAUUUCGAAAAUGAAUGAGGUUUCGACAGUUUCAAGAGAUGAAGCAUAUGUACUGCUUGUUUACAAGAAUUGGGAGUGCUUGAGCAAUCACUGUUCUAUGCCUUCUGACAUCGAAAAUGUCAAGAUAAGUUUCAUAAGGCUUUCGCAUGAAGUUAUUCUAUUAUUAGAAGACACGCACCAUCUUUCGCAAUCAGAAGUUAUUAAAGGAAAGCUUUGCAGCUUGAAACAACAAAAUGUGUCCAACGUUGUCCAAACUGAGAUAAAGAACGUACUACAGAAGUUUAAUUAG